CACGUUUCCUAACAUUUCCUAAGUGUGUUUGUUUAUGGUGGUUGUGUUGGCAAGAACAAUAUUAGGUCGGCUGUUUCGUAUCUCGGCUCCAUUAUCAACAUUGAGCGUUUUCGGGAAGUGUGGUAUUUUCAUAUAACCCACCUACGACGCUGAAAUGAGGCAGCUCACCGCGACGACGAUGCAUAUCUUGUGGGUCUUUGUGGCCACUUGCCUGGUGCGCCAGAGCGGGGCGUUCCUGCCAAGCAACGCCGGUGUUUCGCUACCAGUGACCGACUACACCCUCACGGACAUCACGGUGCAGGGUAUCGUGCGUGCCGUGGCGAGGUACUUCGAAGAUACCAAUCCGGAUCGGUACCGUAAGGGCGAUCUUACGGGACUCAAUCCCUUGACUCCUUCGCGGUUGUUUCAGAGGCACUACGGAGAUUGUGUAUACUCCACCAAAUUUGAACGAGUCAUCAAAGCCAUACUGAAUACGAACAUUCAGAUAUCUAACAAAUACUCGCACAGGGCAGUCUGGCACUUUAACGGAAACCAAAUUGACAAUGGUAACCGCAAGAUGAUGGGCAUCCAGGACACCUUGCUGACCCUCCUUCUGGCGGGAGACGAGAGCACGCCUGACUACGAUGUGGCGCGCCAGUACUGUGGCCAGUUCCUGCACAUGGCUCAGAGCUUCUACUCCAACACCAACUGGAUCGAGCUGCACCGAUGGCUUAACGAGAAUCCCGAUGAAAUCUUCACCUCCAGUGAACUAGGUAUACAUGAUCCGCUGUCUUUGCGCCAAAGCCCUGAAAGUGAAGGCAUGUGUCAAAACUGUGCCGGAAACAUUACACGUCCCGAACUGCAAGAUUGCUCUAACAAUCUUCGCCCCUACGUUCACUACCUUACCAGCGGCUACAGAAGCGGGCAGGAUGUGACAAAGCCAGCUGCCGACCCAGAAAGUGACUGGGGGGCGUGCUCCCAUGGUGGUCUCUACGACGCGUCCAGGACCGAGGUCGCCACCGGAGGCAUCAACAAGGAAUCCUCGGAUCCACGGCGAUCUCCGCACUACACCCUCCACAAACAGGCCGCGCUGACGGCAAUACAAGCCACCGAGGACUUCUUCUACCACCCAGAAACUGGUCUGUACAGGCUCAUUGGCGAGCAGAAAUUCCGCAAGCUGCUGAACCUGGACGCAGGCACUUCGCUGACUUUCGUAAUUGACGUUUCGGGAAGUAUGUCCGAUGACGUCGCUGCCGUGAAAGAGGAGACGAUCCGCCUCGUGGGAUUGCACGGAGAAACCUGCCUGGCGGCCUCCAAGUACGUCGUCGCACCGUUUAACGAUCCAGAUUACGGACCGGUCUUUGUAACCACUGAUGAUCAGAGGUGUGUGGAGUACAUCAACGCGCUAACUGCCAACGGCGGUGGUGACUGUCCGGAGUUGGCGAACAGCGGCUUGGAACUUGGUGUCCAGAACAGUAUCAAUGGAGCCAAUGUGUACGUGUUCACAGACGCCACCGAUAAGGACAGCGAGAAGGUGCCGGAUGUCCUGGCUCUAAUUGAGCAGAAGGAGGUCCGUGUCAUCUAUCUCUUAACCGGUACUUGCUCCUCCAGACGACGCAAACGAGCGAUUGAUAUAUCGAGUGUGUCGCCGUCCUAUGUAAGUAUCGCCGCCGCAUCAGGCGGGGAGAUUUACCGGACAGACAAGAGUGGGAUCCGCGAACUGACACAAAUUAUAGAAGGCGACAUCCGAGCCUCUCAGGUGAAAAUAAUCCAGAGGACUUCAAGGGGCCAUAGUGCUUUGGAUGUGGACAUACCCGUCGAUUCCACCAUGAGGGAGCUCCUGGUGUCUGUUGUCGGGUCGCUGUCGAGUAACACCGUGAUCAUCAUGAAUCCCAAUGGUAUGGAAGGUACCCCGAGCGAGAUGGGGGCAAACGUUUACACCAGUUCGGACGUACAGCUCGUGUUCAGCAUCAACGUUACCGAGCCGAACGCCAAGGGCAACUGGCUGCUAAAACUACGAGGAUUGGAUUUGUCAACGGAGUACAGCGUCAAAGUGUCAGCAAACAGCCAUCUGGAUUUCACCUUCGAUAUUCUGGAAACGGACGCAACAGGCACUGCGUUUCCCAUAGACGGGAAACCAGUUGGGGGAGCUGAGGUGUUGCUCAUGAUCCAAGUGUCAGCUCCGGACACCGCGUCCUCCGUCAGCGAGAUACGACUGCACAACUCCGCGGGUGACGCAACGCUCCUGACGGCGAGUGCUGAGCCAGUGACCGGUAGGACGGAAGGGAUAUUCACGGCGAGUCUUAUUCUCCCCACUGAGCCUUUUUUUGUCAGCAUUGUCGGACUGGACACUCAGGGCAGGGAAUUUCUCCGCACCCAGCCGUCUGAGAUCACAGUCGUGAAAUUCAAACUGGAGCAACUUCCCAGUAACAACACUAUAGAGGACCUUGUCCCUGGAGGUAACGGGACUUUUGGCUUCCGAGUCACCAACGAUGGCCCGGCGGACACGCUGAACAUUUCCGUGUCGGUGCUGAACAGGACGUUGUCGUCAGCCGUCACGGGCUCGUUGGUCACCGCCCAGGUGUCACCGACCAGUAUGGUGCUUGCUACGGGGCAGACCAGGGAGGGACUGGUGACAGUCACCGCUACCCGGGACGUACCUGCUGGCACACCCGUCAAGGUGACACUUUUUGUCACGAGUUCGGUGUCUUCGUCCCGUAAUUUCCUGUUCAUUGAAGCCACAGUGUUUGCAGUACAGGAUGAAGUAGAUGAAAAUCCAGACAAAAACGAUCACAUUGCGCCGACCUGCAGCAUUCUAAGUUCUGGCGGUGGCUGCACGGUGGAUCAGAUGGGACGUGACUGCCAACAGCACACGUGGUGGGUGCGCGCCCGUGCCAUGGACGACGCUAUCGUGACUGAGGUAGUGCUGGACCCUGAGAUCGAGAGCGGCGGUACAGGCAAACAGUCUCUCGUCUAUGAGAACUUUACAGCUGACGAUGUCACCUUCCUGUACAGUGCCAGCUGUUGUUGUCCUAUGGUCCAAUUCACCGUUCGUGAUGGGGCCAGCAACAAUGUUUCGUGUGGGGUGGAUCACUACACCAAGAUAUCUGGACAAAUAGAUGAACCUGUCAGCAACGGACCGAUGCACAUCCCUCUUGGUCUGAGUACCUGCAUGAUCGGCGUUAUAGCUGCAGCGGUCAUAGUUGCGACGUUGAUCAUAGCGGGCGUCCUCAGGUCUAGAGCCUAGAGGCACUCUCCUACAAGAAUCUGCAGCACAAAGUCGUCAACACGGAAAACGAUUACACGAAUGACGUUUAAUUGAACCGAAUGCGUACUGGGAUAGCUUGUCCCUAGCCUAGAAUGACUUGUGAUUGAAUUGAACCGGUUUACAUUUUGAGUUGAUUCGUAUUACACUUUGCAAACUCACCCCAAAACAAACUUCUUCACAUUGUGAGUAUAAAUUAACAGCUGGCCGAUCAGCAAAAAAAUCAUAUGGCAAACUAAGUCGUUCUUAGAAUUUUGAAAGUCUUACGGAAGGCAACUCUGAUGAAUCAUAUCUUUAAACUAGAUUCUAAAGAUACAUGUAGCUCCACAGAGAAUGAUUAGAAAGUUGCUAAAUUGACCGCUACGUAUACGGUAUACCGCCCUCUACAUACUGACCAAACCAUUAGACAUAUUUUUGUCGUACGGCUAGACUCAUUCAACUCGUUGUAACAGGUAUAAACGAUUGAAAUAUGUUUUUGCUUGCAAAAAAAGAAGUAAUGCUUGGACUGAUUACCGAGCUGUUCUCUGAAUUAUUAAAAACUGUUUUCGACAUGUUUGUGUAGUUUUCUCCAAAAGUUUUGCACGUAAACAAACUUAUAUGUUUAAGCUUUGAUUUUGAAACAGGAUCAGGCAAAUAAUUUUUCCGUGAACUUGAUAAAAGCUAGAGUGCCAAAUAACUCGCACGCAUACUCGUCAAAGAUGUCUAUUUCAAGGUAAAGGAGUGAAAA